GCAUUUUGGAUAGGUUAUUUACGUUUGUGUAGCUGCAUCUUCGUAGCAGUUUGUUAUCAAUAUUGGAACAGACUUUGGAUCGUUUGUUUAUCUGGUUACUUGUUGCUUACUGGACUACGAGUGGUAGCGUUUCAGGAAUCCAAGAAAGGACUGAUUAUAAGAAAAUGAGAAAAAAUGUCUGAACCGAGGUCCAGUUUUCUUCACAUUGGGGAUAUUGUCUCCCUGUACGCUGAAGGAACAGUCAAUGGCUUCAUUAGCACUUUGGGAUUAGUGGAUGACAGAUGUGUAGUACAGCCAGAUGCUGGGGAUCUUGCCAAUCCACCAAAGAAGUUCCGAGACUGCCUUUUCAAAGUAUGUCCUAUGAACAGAUAUUCAGCACAGAAGCAAUUCUGGAACGCAAAACAAGGAAAACAGGGGAACACCACAGAGGGAGCACUGCUGAAGAAACUACAGCAUGCUGCCGAACUGGAACAGAAACAAAAUGAAUCGGAGAAUAAAAAAUUGCUUGGUGAUAUGGUUAAAUACAGCAAUGUCAUACAGCUACUACACAUCAAAAGCAACAAGUACCUCACCGUGAAUAAGAGACUUCCAGCCCUUCUUGAAAAGAAUGCUAUGCGAGUGUCGCUGGAUAUGGCUGGGAACGAGGGCUCCUGGUUCUAUAUCCAGCCCUUCUGGAAGCUGCGGAGUGAAGGUGACAAUGUUGUUGUUGGUGAUAAGGUGGUGCUGAUGCCUGUGAAUGCUGGACAGCCUCUUCAUGCCAGUAAUAUAGAGCUUCUAGACAACCCAGGCUGCAAGGAGGUGAAUGCACUGAAUUGUAACACAAGCUGGAAAGUCACCCUUUUUAUGAAAUUUAGUGACUACAGAGAUGAUGUUUUAAAAGGGGGUGAUGUGGUGAGGUUAUUCCAUGCAGAGCAAGAAAAGUUCCUGACCUGUGAUGAUUACAAGAAGCAUCAACACAUUUUCCUCAGGACCACACUGCGACAAUCUGCCACCUCCGCCACCAGCUCCAAAGCACUCUGGGAAAUAGAGGUUGUGCACUAUGACCCCUGCAGAGGAGGAGCUGGGCAAUGGAACAGCCUUUUCCGAUUCAAACACCUGGCUUCAGGAAAUUAUUUGGCUGCAGAGGUGAACCCUGAUUUUCGAGACGAGGACACGGAUGGUAAAGCUGCGGUGGAAGGAGAUAUCCUGUCCUCAAAGAAGAAGCGCCAGGCGGCCGAGAGGAUUGCCUACACCCUGGUCUCUGUCCCACAUGGGAAUGACAUUGCCUCUCUCUUUGAACUGGAUGCCACCACUCUACAGAGGGCAGACUGCCUCGUCCCAAGGAACUCAUAUGUGAGACUGAGACACCUUUGCACAAACACCUGGGUAACCAGCACAAGUAUCCCUAUAGAUGUUGAAGAAGAGAGACCUGUCAUGCUUAAGAUUGGAACAUGCCCCACAAAAGAAGACAAGGAAGCCUUUGCUAUAGUCUCAGUCCCGUUGUCAGAGGUCAGAGACCUGGACUUUGCCAAUGAUGCUAGCAAGGUCCUAGCAUCAACAGUGAAUAAGCUGGAGAAUGGGAACAUCGCUCAGAAUGAGAGGAGGUUUGUAACUAAACUGUUGGAAGACCUCAUUUUCUUUGUGGCUGAUGGUUCCAACAAUGGUCAGGAAGUGUUGGAUGUGGUCAUUACUAAACCCAACCGGGAGAGACAGAAGCUCAUGAGGGAACAAAACAUUUUGGAGCAGAUCUUUGGUAUACUAAAAGCCCCCUUCAAAGAUAAAGAGGGUGAGGGGCCGAUGCUAAAGCUGGAAGAGCUUGGAGAUCAGCGAUAUGCUCCAUUUAAGUACAUACUCAGGCUGUGCUACAGAGUCCUUAGACAUUCACAGCAAGAUUAUAGGAAAAACCAGGAAUAUAUUGCCAAGAAGUUUUGCAUCAUGCAGUCUCAGAUUGGAUAUGACAUUUUAGCAGAAGACACUAUCACUGCCUUGCUCCACAACAACCGAAAACUGCUGGAGAAGCACAUCACAGCCAAGGAAAUCGAGACCUUUAUCAGUCUGUUACGGAGAAAUAGAGAGCCCAGGUUCUUGGAUUAUUUGUCAGACCUCUGCGUGUCAAACACAACUGCAAUCCCAGUGACUCAAGAGCUUAUUUGUAAAUUUAUGCUAAACCCCAUCAAUGCUGAUAUUCUCAUUCAAACAAAGCUGAUACCACACAUGGAUAAUGCCCUGGAAAGCUCCCUGCUGCAGGACGAUGUUGACGAUGAAGAGGUGUGGCUCUACUGGAUAGACAGCCAUAAGGAACCCCAUGGGAAGUCAAUCCGGCAUUUGGCACAGGAUGCCAAGGAAGGCAAUAAAGUGGACAAAGAUAUCAUUACAUAUUACAGAUACCAGUUAAACCUGUUUGCUAAGAUGUGUUUGGAUCGGCAGUACCUAGCCAUCAACCAGAUCUCCACCCAGCUGCAGGUAGACCUGAUCCUGCGCUGCAUGUCUGACGAGUGCCUGCCCUUUGACUUGAGGGCCUCCUUCUGCCGCCUGAUGCUGCACAUGCACGUGGACAGGGACCCACAGGAGUCUGUCAUCCCGGUCAGAUACGCCAGGCUGUGGAUGGAAAUUCCAAGCAAGAUAACAAUCCACGAUUAUGAGUCCUCCACAGAUACCUCCAGAGAUGACAUGAAGAGCAAGUUUGCCCAAACAAUGGCAUUUGUUGAGGAUUACCUGAAAGAUGUUGUAUCUCAGCCUUUCCCAUUUGGUGACCAAGAAAAAAAUGAACUCACAUUUGAGGUGGUGCACUUGGCACGUAAUCUGGUCUACUUUGGAUUUUAUAGUUUUAGUGAGCUGCUGAGGUUGACCAGGACAUUAUUAGCAAUUCUAGACAUUGUGCAACAUCCCGUGUCGUCAUAUAUGGAUAGAUUAAGCACAUUUUCUGAUGGAGGGAACAAUGUACUGAAGACGAUUCACGGUGUGGGAGAGAUGAUGACUCAGAUGGUGCUGAGCCGAGGAUCGUUCCUGCCUGUUGUGCAUGACUCUCAGCCCACUGCUCGCCACGGAAAGCAGGUCAGCCUUGCUGACAGCGAGGACGUCAUGGUAAUGGAUACCAAACUGAAAAUCAUUGAGAUACUGCAAUUUAUUCUCAGUGUGCGACUGGACUACAGGAUCACCUACCUUCUGUCUAUCUACAAGAAGGAGUUUGGAGAUAGCAAUUUACAUGACAGUACCAUAUCCCUUUCAGGACUUCCCUCCAUAACCAUUACAGAGCCUGAUAUAGAUGCGAUUGCAGCGCAUGCAGAGACCAUGUUUGCCGGAUGUAAAGAAAGGAGUGCAGUUGAGCUGGAUGACGAGGGUGGACGGACGUUUCUCCGAGUCCUGAUUCAUCUGAUAAUGCACGACUACCCUCCUCUGGUGUCCGGUUCCCUCCAGCUGCUGUUCAAACACUUCAGCCAAAGAGCAGAGGUCCUGCAGGCCUUUAAACAGGUCCAGCUUCUGGUCUCUGAACAGGAUGUAGAAAACUAUAAACAAAUCAAGACAGACCUGGACCAGUUGAGGCUGACAGUAGAAAAAUCUGAGCUGUGGGUUGAAAAGAGCAUCAACUAUGGGAGCGAGGAAAUGGGCGAAGGACAAGCCAAGGAACAAAUUCACGAGGAUCCAGGCAUCCUAAGCCCAGUGCAAGAUGGAAGCAAAAAGCCCCAGAUUGAUAGCAACAAGAGCAACAAUUACAACAUUGUCAAAGAGAUUUUGAUUCGAUUGAGUAAGUAUUAUCAUCAAAGCAAAAAGAGUCGGAUUCAGCAGCAGAGGCUGUUGAAGAACAUGGGUGCUCAUACAGUAGUUCUGGACCUUUUGCAGAUCCCUUUUGAAAAGUCUGAUGAGAAGAUGAAUGAAAUUAUGAACCUGGCCCACGUAUUCCUACAGAACUUCUGCCGUGGAAACCCUCAGAACCAGGCCCUGCUCCAUAAACACCUCAACCUCUUCCUCACUCCUGGACUGCUGGAGGCUGAAACGAUGAGGCACAUCUUUAUGAAUAAUUACCAUCUUUGCAAUGACAUCAGCGAGAGGGUGGUACAUCAUUUUGUGCACUGCAUAGAGACUCACGGCCGGCAUGUGCAGUAUCUCCGCUUUUUACAAACCAUUGUGAAGGCUGAUGGCAAAUACGUGAAGAAAUGCCAGGACAAGGUCAUGACUGAGCUGGUCAGUGGAGGAGAAGAUGUUCUGGUUUUCUACAACGACCGGACUUCCUUCCCCAUCCUGCUGCAGAUGAUGUGCUCUGAGCGGGACCGCACAGAUGAGAACGGGGCCCUGGCCUACCACAUCACCCUUGUAGCGUUGCUGGCAGCCUGCACUGAGGGGAAGAAUGUGUACACAGAGAUCAAGUGCAACUCCCUGCUCCCUCUGGAUGACAUUGUCAGAGUUGUAACCCAUGAUGACUGUAUUCCUGAGGUGAAAACUGCCUAUGUCAAUUUUGUUGACCACUGUUAUGUAGACACAGAGGUUGAGAUGAAGGAGAUAUAUACUAGUAAUCACAUCUGGAAACUUUUUGAGAACUUCCUUGUUGACAUGGCUCGGGUUUGCAACACCACGACUGACAGAAAACAUGCAGAUCUAGCCCUGGAGAAAUACGUCACAGAGACUGUGGUGGCGAUCGUCAAAGGUUUCUUCAGCUCUCCAUUUUCAGUUAACAGCUCAAAUUUACAGACUCAUCAGCCAAUAUUUAUUCAGCUACUGCAGUCUGCUUUUAGGAUUUACAACUGCACAUGGCCAAAUGCAUUACAGAAAGCCAAUGUAGAAGGCUGUAUUAAAACUUUGGCUGAAGUUGCAAAGAACCGUGCCAUAGCCAUUCCAGUAGAUCUGGACAGCCAUGUGAACACUCUCUUUUUGAAGAACCACACCAACAUGGUGCAGAGGGCAGCCACGGGCUGGAGGAUGUCGGCUCGCAGUGGGCCACGCAAGGAGCCUCUUGGUGGACCAGAUUACAAGAACAUAAUUGAGAAGCUACAGGGUGUUGUAGCAUCUCUGGAGGAGCAGUUCAGUCCGAUGGUACAGGCUGAAUUCUCUGUGCUGGUUGAUGUGAUGCACAGUCCAGAGCUUUUGUUUCCAGAGGCUGCAAGAAUACGUUGUGAAAGUGGAGCCUUCAUGUCCAAGCUGAUUACACAUACCAAGAAACUGAUGGAUAAGGAAGAGAAGCUGUGCAUUAAAAUACUCCAAACGUUACGAGAAAUGCUAGACAAAAAGGAGAGCUUCGAGGAACAGGGAAACGUGUUAAGAAGAAUUCUCCUCACCCGCUACUUUGGUAGUGCCCGCAGUUUCACAAAAGCAGAUUUUGGAAAUGCCAUUAACAGCUCACUGUCUUCAGGAAGUUUGUCCAAAUCUUCUCUGGGGGGUGGAUCUUCUGGGCAAGACUCAGACAAAACUGGUACCUGCUUGGCAGAUAUUCAGUGCCUCCUAGACAGUGAAGGGGCUUCUGAACUGGUUGUAGAUCUCAUUGUGAGCACUAAAAAUGACAGGAUCUUCCAGGAAAGCAUUUUGCUGGGAAUUGCUUUGUUGAAAGGAGGAAAUACCCAAAUACAGAAUUCAUUUUACCAUCAACUGAGUAAACAGAAGAAAUCUGAAAAAUUCUUCAAAGUCUUUUAUGAUCGGAUGAAGAUGGCGCAGCAGGAGAUCCGAUCAACAAUGUCGAUGAACACCUACGAUCUGAGCUGCAAGAAGAAGGACGAUGAUGGAGACAUGACAACCUCCAGGACAAAGAAAAUAGGCAAGGGUUCACCUCUUCACCUCAAAUAUGAAAUUAAAGGACAGUUGAAAGAAGCCUCUGCCGCCACCUCUAAGGCGUACUGCCUGUAUCGGAAAGAGCUUGACCCUGAGAUUGAUCUGAUUGGCUCAGGGACUGAGGGAGGAGCUGAUGACAGCUCUCCAGAAGAAAUGCAAAUGAGCCCCGCCAUAGCGAUAAUGGAACCCAUCUUGCGGUACCUUCAGCUGCUCUGUGAGAACCACAACCGGGAUCUGCAGAACUUUCUCAGACACCAAAACAACAAAACCAACUAUAACCUGGUGUGCGAGACGCUUCAGUUUCUGGACUGUAUCUGUGGGAGUACGACGGGAGGGCUGGGUCUCCUUGGACUCUACAUCAAUGAAAGGAAUGUCAAUCUGGUCAAACAGACACUGGAGAGCAUAACAGAGUAUUGCCAGGGGCCCUGUCAUGAAAACCAGACCUGCAUAGCACAACACGAAUCCAAUGGGAUUGAUAUCAUAAUUGCACUCGUAUUGAAUGACAUCAACCCUCUUGGCAAGUAUCGCAUUGACCUGGUGCUGGAGUUAAAGAACAAUGCCUCCAAGCUUUUGCUGGCAAUAAUGGAAAGCAGACAUGACAGUGAAAAUGCAGAAAAGAUCCUGUAUAACAUGAGACCACAUGAGCUGGUGGAUGUGAUGAAAGAUGCAUACAAUCAAGCACUGGAAAACGAAACAGAUGAGGAAAGCGGAGGUGACCAGAUCCUUCCAAAAGAUGUUGGCCAUAAUAUUUAUAUAUUGGCCCAUCAGCUGGCCCGCCACAAUAAGUUGCUACAGCAGAGUUUGAAGACUGCACCUGAUCCAGAUUUGGAGGGGGAUGAAGCCUUGAAACACUAUGCUAAUCACACAGCACAAAUUGAGAUUGUACGCCAUGACCGAACUAUGGAGCAAAUCGUAUUCCCGGUGCCAAAUAUUUGUGAAUACCUGACGGAAGAAUCAAAGAUCCGUGUGUUCAAUACAACAGAAAGAGACGACCAAGGCAGCAAAGUGAAUGACUUUUUUCAGCAGUUUGAGGAUCUCUACAAUGAAAUGAAAUGGCAGAAAAAGAUCAGAAACAAUCCAGCUCUGUUUUGGUUUUCCCGGCACAUCUCAUUAUGGGGAAGCAUUUCAUUCAAUUUGGCAGUUUUGGUAAACCUGGCAGUUGCACUAUUUUAUCCUUUUGGGGAUGAUGGGGAUGAAGGCACUCUCCCUCCUCUGAUCUCGGCUCUGCUCUGGGCAGCAGUCACAGUCUGCACAGCUAUGCUUUUUGUGUUACCGAAACCAGGGGGGAUUCGGCCAUUCCUCUUAUCUGUUAUGCUCAGGUCUAUAUAUACACUAGGACUUGGCCCUGCGUUAAUACUGCUUGGCGCUGCUAAUCUUUGUAAUAAGAUAGUGUUUUUGGUGAGCUUCGUUGGUAACCGUGGAACAUUCACACGUGGAUAUAAGGCUGUUAUCAUGGAUAUGGCGUUUUUGUAUCAUGUUACCUACGUCAUUGUUUGUAUGCUGGGCCUUUUUGUCCAUGAAUUCUUCUACAGCUUUUUGCUCUUUGAUCUGGUGUACAGAGAGGAGACUCUGCUGAAUGUAAUCAAGAGCGUCACCAGGAAUGGACGUUCCAUCAUCCUCACAGCUGUGCUGGCCCUGAUCCUCGUAUACCUCUUCUCCAUCAUUGGCUUCCUCUUCCUCAAGGAUGACUUCCGCAUGGAUGUAGACAGGCUGUCCACAGCAGAAACAGAGGCCGACGGGACGGAGAGAGUCUGCGACACUUUGCUGAUGUGUAUCAUCACAGUAUUAAACCAGGGCCUGAGGAACGGUGGGGGAGUAGGAGAUGUGUUGAGGAAGCCUUCAAAAAACGAGCCUCUCUUUGCUGCCCGGGUUGUGUAUGACCUCUUGUUCUUCUUCAUUGUAAUCAUUAUUGUUCUCAAUCUAAUCUUUGGUGUAAUCAUUGACACCUUUGCUGAUCUGAGGAGUGAGAAGCAAAGGAAAGAAGAAAUACUGAAGACCACAUGCUUCAUCUGUGGUCUUGAGAGAGACAAGUUUGACAACAAGACUGUUUCUUUUGAGGAGCACAUCAAGUCCGAACAUAAUAUGUGGCAUUACCUGUACUUCCUAGUGCUUGUUAAAGUAAAAGACCCAACCGAAUACACAGGACCUGAAAGUUACGUAGCACAGAUGAUAAAGGAGAAAAACUUGGACUGGUUCCCUCGAAUGUGUGCCAUGUCCCUUGUUAGUAAUGAAGGUGACAGUGAACAGAACGAGAUCCGAAUGCUGCAGGAGAAGCUGGACAGCACAGAGACGCUGGUCACACAGCUGUCCAGUCAGCUUUCUGAACUCAAAGAACAGAUGACUGAACAAAGGAAGAACAAGCAGAGGUUAGGCUUUCUUGGAUCAAACACACCUCAUGUGAAUCAUCACAUGUCAUCACACUAACCACGGGGAAGCAGGACUACAGCUGAGAGAGAAAGAAAACAGCGAUUUGAAGAAAAAAAAAAGACUUGGGCGAGACAUUUUCUUUUAAUAACUGGAACUGGUUUUAAACUGUUUUUUUUUUUCUGGGUCAACUGGGAGAAUAAUGCAGUUGGGCUAUAACUAUAUAGUAUACAUGUUUUGUAUGUUUUCUUGUAAAGUUUUUGUAUUUUAAUGAGUAAAGGCAGUUCAGUUAUCUCAGAAUAAUCUACCAUAGACCAAGAAACUGUUUUAGUAAUAGCAGAACCAGUGCUGUACUUGAUAUACGGAAUAUGAAUUUAGGGUUGAAAAGGCUGCUUGUGAUUUGUGUUUGUGUCCUUGUCAUUGAUUGGCAUCAUUUAUAUACCUGACUUUGACCAGUCACAGCCAAGCUGAUUGAGUGGGUAUCUGGUGAAUACAUAUGCCAGCUAUUGAACUGCACCCAGUGCUCUAACCACUGAGUUUUAGGGACUUGUUUUCUUUUUUGAUGCCUUUUUUAGUAGAAAAUGAAAAACCUUUUGCCCUUGAUACAAUGACUACUUUUCUCUGUAUGAUUGUUUAAGGACCAACAUGUAUGAGAGUAUAUAUAAACACCGGCUACACUUAAUAGUUCCUUUAAUUUUCUUUUUAAUGGUUUUAAAAUGCGUAUUAGGAAUUUUAAAUGCAAAUGUGUGAAAACUUUGCAAAGUUCAUGUCCAAGAUUUUUUUUUUUUUUUUGGUUUUGUAUUGUGCAAGUACUUUAACUGUGAGUUAACUAUGUUGUAUGGGAAUCAACUGCAAAUAAGUCUGAGCUCUUGGGGAUUCUGGGCCUGAUUUCAAGUGGGAAUAAAACACUGAUAUUGCAUAUUUUUGAGCAAUUACAUUAUUAAUCAGAGUUGUUUAUUAUCCAUUUUAUAAUAUAUUCAUUGUAAUAUUUACAAAAUGGGGGCAAACAUCAAAAUGGGACUAAGUGCCUUGAGCACUGCUCUGCAUUUUAACAGCCAACUGAUUCAGGAUUGAACUGCCUCUUAAAAUAGGCUAGAACAUGAACCACAUCAAAUGUGUUACUCAUUUACUCAGCAUUUGAGUUUACCUUUACAGAGGCAUAGUUUUAAAAAAAAACUGCUGCAAAUGUAUUGGAUAACUGUUUAAUUUUAUUAUAAAUGAAAAAAAUCUCAACACUGAUUUUCCUAACCAACAGCUGUAUCACAGUUCACAUAACAUACUUUACCGUGCCCCAGGUUCACACCUGCAGUGGUUCUGUGAUCUUACAGAAAUCCAAUAGGCAAUACAUCUACAGUAUGUCUCCCAUACAGUGUAUCCAUGCACCUUUAUGUACAUUCGGAGCCAAUGGUCCACAAAGGAGAAACAUGUAUUAUGUCUUAAUAUACUGAUUACUGUAUUAUGUGCUUUUGUAAAGGUAUUUGUAAAUACUGUUUUUAGUUCUAUAUUUGUUUGUAAAUUACAUACAAAAAACAAGACAAAUUCAGAUGAUUCAGGUAGAUUUUACUUGACAAGAAAAAAUACAGAAUAAAACAUUUCUGAAAUUUGGACCAGACCGUUACUAAAAUGGCCACUUGGAGUAUGUUCAGCCCCAUUCAUAUUGCUGUCGGUGUCCAACACGUCAGGUUGCGUCUCUUUGGAUACAGUAUAUGGAACCAGUCUAAAGGGAUUUUUUUGUAUUGAUUUUUAAAUGCAGGUUCUAUACUUUCUGAUACUGGCAUCUCAUUUCGGGGGUGGGGGGCGCUAUAGCUGGGUUGUAUAUCGCUGGGCUACAUCUUGCUCAAGAUAAUUCUUAAAAAUUGGCUACCUCGCUUCCUUGAGUAGUUUAAUAUAAGAACUGGAACUAGUUUACAUUACCCACAAAUGCAAAAAAAAAAUGUGCCACUAGAUGAACGUUAUUGUUUUGAGCAGUUUGGGGCUAGCCUGUCAUCCAUUUUGUUCCUGGGAUAUUGAUUAGGUAAUUACCUAAAUAGUUUUCAGGGGAGGAGGUUGUUUGAAAGUUGAGACUGAGGAUAGUUUGGACCUUGAAUAGGGGCAUACACACUGAAAUCCCCUGAUUUAAGACAAUCUGUGUUGAAAGAGAAGAAAAAAAAACAGUUUUAAAUAAAGGACAGACAAACAAGUUAUCUGUAAAUAUAUUUGUGGAAAAUGAAUCAGUGCUUAAUAUGUUGUCUAUGAAACACAAUAUAUACCAUUUAGGCUAAUAGUGUUAUUAAAACCUGUGGAUUCUUUGCUGCAUUUUUUUUUUUUUUUUUUUUUAUCAGUUCAACAAUUAUAUUUUCUGUUAAAUAUGUUUAAGACUUCUGUCAGCUGCUGGAAAUAAAAUCUUUCUUGUUAAAGUCUGCUUAAUUUAAGUUAUCAUUGUCAUGUGUAAUGCAGCUAUAUGUGUUCCUGGUUGAACAUCACUCAGCUGUUGUUGGCCCUGAAAGCAUACAUCCCAACUGUCUCUGUACUGUUGGGACAAUCACGAUUUCCCACCAAAUGUCCCCCAUCCCAAUCUAUGGGAACAAUGUAUUUGGCACAUGCUGCAGCGACAGGAAUGUACGCUAUUUACAGGAAGCAAGUUGACAAUGUCUUUUGAAUGUAAAACGUGAAAAACAGAGACGUAAAAUGUGAGUCGAUACAAAUUCAGUAGAUUCAAAUUACAUUACCACCAAAGAAAUGCAGCAGAAAAGUUUAAAAAAAAAAAAAAAAAAAAAAAAAGUCAGAAACUCUGCUUUGCUGAAGCUUAUUAGCUUGAAAGGUUUAAAUUGCUUGCAGUUUAAAAUCUAAAUAUAUCUACUUUAAAUGCAAUGAGCAUGAUUUCUUGUUUUGUAUUGGCUCCCUAUCUGUUCAAGGCAGUUUUUUUUCUCAUCAGACUAUAGCUCAGUUAUAGCGAUUGUUAUGUUCUUGUGUUCAGUCACAGAAAGGCUUAAUGGUAAGGGAAAAUGUGGUUCUUAUUCACCCUGAUUACUAUCUGCUGCUGUAUCUCAGGACUUGAUUUGUAAAUGGUUUCAUUACUUUAGGGGAAGGGUAGUUUGUUUGGGUUUCUGGCAUUAAUAUACCGUAUCCUGGCACUGUGUUGUUGUGUGCUGUGAGGAACAGACUUACAUAAUGCUCAGUGAGUUCAUCUUCACAACAUGUUCAUCACAUGAGUGUGCUCAGGCCUCCUUUGUGAAAAUCAUGAGCCAAAAAAAACAAAACAAAAACAACAAUAACAACAACAACAACAAAAAAACACUUUCUAAUAUUACCGUGCAUGUAAACUGUUUUAUUUAAGUAAAACUUUCAACCCCAAAAGUGAUACAUGUGCUGGUACAUGAAAAUACGUAAUCACAAAGCAUGUUUGUUUUUAUUUAAUUCACUUCUACUUUCUCCUUAUCAGUAUUUUAUACCCUUUUUUUUUUUGUUUGUUUUUUUGUUUUAUUAAACUGGGCAUAUAUUAGCACUGCAUUAACAAAAACAAAAACCUGGCACUGUUGUAUGAAUCUUGUUAUUCCUUUUCGCCCACAUAGGAAGAUGAAGUCAUGGGAUAUGCAGUUCUGUCUCAUAUUCGACUGCUAAUUAGAAAAUCAUAACAAAACAUACGAUUGCCAGGCCUCGUGGGGAAUGAGGUACAAACGUCUUUCUUUUUGAAACAAAAAAUAUUAUGGAUAGUAAAAAAAACUGCUAGUCCUUUUUAAGUGAACUACCUUCAUAAGCAUUCAGUGUAGUGCUUUGUAAAGGUCCUGCAGGUUAUACAUCCUCUCCCAGACCUUAUUGUUUUGUACAAUAUGUCUUUGGUUGAUCAUUUUAGAUGAUGAGACCGAAUUACAGAAAAGAAUAGUCUUUGAUGCUGCUUUAUCUCUUCGUUCUUGGGUGGACCACGCUGUAACAAUCCAGACCGGAGGGUUUAGCUCAUUAUAGUCAGUAAUGGAUAGCCUUAUUUCACAAAACGAUACCCUUCUUAAACUAAAUAGAAAUGGACAAUAUAUAUUCAAUAUUUCAUUCAUUAGGUGUAAAAACCUUAAUAAAAAAAAAAUAGUUGUAAGGUAUAAUUAGUUAUUUAGUCAUAGAGUGUUUCACAAAUGAUCCAUGGUUUGUAGUACAGAGCAAAAAUGUAUUAAAAUAAUCUAAAUAUGAAAUAAAAUGGAGAGCAGAGAAUCUGAGCAUAUUUCGGUAUGGCCUCUGCUGUAUAGAAAGUAUCAUCUUCAGAUUCCCAUUUGGAUAAUCAAAGAUGGCAGAGAACUAGAAUACUACCUAGAUUAUUACCUUCCUUCCCUUGCAUUUCUGUUGCUGCUGGGACCCGAUAACAAACUUUGUCUCCAUGAGUUGUGUUUUUUUUUUUUUAAACUGAGCAGUAUUUAGUUACCUUCUGGGCAGGUUGUCAUACAGAGUAAUAUCUAGUCUGGUCAGGAAUAGAACAAGUGAAAUCCCCACUCCAAGGGCAGCUACAUUCACCAAUCUCAAUAUCAGUUUUAUUAUCCCUGUAACAGAGCUUUUAAAAUGUCAAAGGAGAUGCCUAUAUGUAUUUUUGUAUCAAUACUGUAUCUCGUAUCUGUGGAUCUGUACUUUAUAUGUACUUCUUUGGGGUUUAAAGACUUUACAUUGCAGGCUCUAUAAAGCCAGCUAUACAAUAUUUAGUUUUUGCAUUCAGCCUUGCUCUUCUGAAGGCAAACCUCCAAUGUUAUGGGUGUGGACUGGGAGGCAGAGAUGGAACUACGACAGAAAAGUUUUUUUUUUUCUUCCCCACAUUGUAUUACAACAAGAAAAGACCAGUUUGUUGGAAGGUUAACAGGUUUUCAUGCUAUGGCUGUUUGCUGUGAUAGAUUGUUCCGUUAGCUGAUGGAAGUUUCCUGCCUAAAAUAACGCUUUACAUUUGUGUGGACAUUUCAGUUGCUAACUGUGAGUAGGAUUCUUCUUUAAGAAACUUGUAUGUGUCACAUUCAUCCAAGCUUUCAAACACUCAAUCAUAAAAUCUUCAGUAAUGCUGUACUAAAGUAACAAUGGUGUUUUGUUGUUUUGCAGGUUGUCUAUUUCAACUGUCUACCCUACAAAACCAGAUGGCAUGUGUGUAAAUUGUGGUUGGUUAGACCUUUUAUAUUAUUAUUUAAAAAAAAAAAAAAAAAAAAAAAAUGUUGUCGCUUUGCCAUAUUCUGAAGACAGCUGGUGUUAUUUCUUUUAUUAUUAAUAUUUUUGUUAUUUUUUUAUGCAUACAAAACAGGUAGCCAUGGUAUUUAAAAUAUAGCAUUCAAGCUGGAAUACAUUUUUUUUUUUUUUUUUGCUGUGGACAAGAUAUGUUAGGUUUUAUGUUAAACACCCAAUAAAAAAGUUAUACACAGUGAUUUAAAAAUGUUUUAUUAAAAUUCCCUUAUAAAAUGUUACAUUUUUUAUGACUACCCUCUGGCCAUCAUUGUUAAUUCACUGGCAUGUUGUUCUGUUGCUUAAAGCUACAAAAUGAACUGCAUGCUACUUAAGGAACAUUGAAGGCAUCUGCUCAACUCUGAAAGUGAUUUAUUUAGUUGUCCCUCUGAGUCCCCCUUUCUUUCCCCUUGUUUUGUAACAUAUAAUUUUUUUUUACAGAAAUAUCCAAGUAUAACAGUAGCAAAAAUUUAAGAGCAGAUACUAACGAUUAUUUUGUCUUUUAUCAUUUGCUUGUUUUGUGUACAUGAUUUUGUUGCUGUAUAUAUGUCUGUCUGUAUAUAUGGUUAUUUAUAUAUUUAAACAUCUAUAUAUGUAGUCAGCAGUUCAGCCCAUAAACUCUUCCGUUAUGCAGGCCCUCAUGAUAUUUUGGGACUGGGCCCAAGUGUCCGCCUACAGUGAGCUGAGUUUGAGCAAGGCGCAAAUGGUGAUCAUGUGAAGGCACAUUGUAGGGAGGUGGAAGGAGAUCAUAAACAGUGGCUGGCUACACUCUCUUUUUAUUCCUCCCUUUCUCCUAUUAAAUGUUUCAGCAUAGUUGUAGAAGCUUGUAACCAAUCGGCACCAAUGCCAGAAGGAGGUGCAGCAGGGACAAACUUAAAGAAUAAGAUCCAAAUUGGUUUAAGUCCACAGAUCAGAAUUUUUCCAACAUGAAUACAAAACUCGUGUCUGUAUUUAAAUAUUGUUUAAGAGGUCAUCACUGUGAAUCAGGAAUUUGGCUGAUGCUGAUCUUACACAAUUUUGAGCCUUACGUUUAAAGGUGCAGAAUCCAAAAUUGUUUUAGUUCAUAUCUAUGUUGGUCUCCAAGUGAUGCUAUGGGUAAUGUAAACAAAACAAAAAAGUGGUUCCUGAUGGAUAUGAUAGGAUGCAGUAAACACCAAUGAAUCUUAUUUUAGUUUCAAAUUAGAAAAAAUUGUGGGACUCUGCAGCGUUAAAUAAAUAAUAACCUCAAUUUUCUAUUCUUAGCACCCCAAGGCUAUACAUUAUGAAUAUAUGAAAAGUAUAGGGCUUAACACUAAUUCCAGUGCUAUUUUUGUAUCCAGUCAGUGUACCUGUUUUACUCCCCAUAACCACUGUUCCAAAAAUAUACCUAAAAUACACUUAAAUAAAUCAAAUCAACAUUUGCACCACAAAUAAGCAGAGACUCCUGCCUAUAAAUACUUAACUCUCAGGGUAGCCAUCUUAUUUCACCGGUGUUCAAUUCUUAAUGUUUCGACUCAAACAUUUCUAAAUCUCAGUGAAAAUUACAUACAAUUAAUAUAUGACUAGCAAACUUAAAGAUUUUCUUGCCAUGAAGAUUUGUAGACUUCUAAGGUCACUCUGAAGUUGGGAACGUGGGAAAACAGGCAGUAAUAUUUUUUUGAUAUGAAAGAUUGCAGCUCUUUCUCACUGGCUCAGUGAGAACUUACUUUGAUUAACAAGACAUUUUGUUUAAAGGUCACAAGACAAUCAGCAAUUUUCAACCCAAUAAUUAGGCAGCAGCAGAGGCCAGAUCAUUUUCUAAGAAAUAUGUUCAAAUAAUUAUGGGCUUCUAGAAUUAUUAAACAGUCUGGACUUUCCUCUUACACAAUAGCAGAUUUUCAGUUUGGACAUAAACAAAUAACUGCUCUCUGCUUGGGUUCUGAUUAACAGUUCUGCCUAAGGUUUCAUUGAAUAUUUUCUUGCCUGAGAAAAU